CUCCUCAUUCCUACGACCCUGGACGUGGAACCAUUACCAGACACAUUUUAUUUCUGGUCCUCAUAGAGCCCAUGCUCUACAUGCUGGCCGCCUCCCGUGCGUCUUUACGCGUGGUUGUUCCUUUAAGAGAACCGACCCAGCGUCUCUCUGUACUGAAUGGAUGAAUUUGAGCCGCUCCGCACUGACGUAAGGGAGUUGAGAGGUUGUUGUACCCUGCAGGAAGAGACAUAUAACCCGCGGUGAGGACCAGACUGAGCCACCAUAACUUUUCGCUUUGUGUUUCCCUUUACGCCGUGUAUUGUGUUUUAUUACACUACAGCCCCGUGUUCAGUUGGACUGUCGCAGUUCUCUGCGCCAACGUAACGUGAUCAAAGUGGAUCGAGAUGUUCCGUCUGGAAGAAGUGAAGUCUUCCGGACACACGCAGAUGGACUAACAUGAUACUAGUUCUUUUCUGUGGCUGAGGCUGGUGACAUCUGCUCUGCAACACUAACGGAUUUUUUCUUCUUUUUUUUUACUGGGAGAAGAAAAAAAAAAUAUGCAUCAUAACCAGGAGGAGCAGUCGGGAAAUCCAAUUACUGCGCAACACGGGACAGCGCAUCACAGUGACUCCGGCAGCCCGGGCAGCAGCUCCGGCGGCGGCCUCACUGACCUCCAGCCACCUGCUUACUCCAAACUGGAUUUUAGAAGAAAUGCAGUGACGGACGACUAUAAAGUCACAGCUCAGGUUCUCGGCCUGGGGAUCAACGGUAAAGUGCUGGAAUGUUACUGCAAGAACACCGGAGAGAAAUGUGCCCUGAAGAUUCUGUAUGACACUCCUAAAGCUCGACGGGAGGUCGAGCUGCACUGGCGAGUGUCCGGAGGUCCCCACAUCGUCCCGAUUCUCAGCCUGUACGAGAACAUGCACCAAGGGAAGAAAUGCCUCCUCAUUAUAAUGGAGUGCAUGGAAGGAGGGGAGCUGUUCAAUCGCAUUCAAGCCAGAGGGGACCAGGCCUUCACGGAGAGAGAGGCUUCAGAGAUCAUGCAUGACAUCGGCACGGCCAUCGAGUUCCUGCACCACAUGGACAUUGCCCACAGAGAUGUGAAGCCUGAGAACCUGCUCUACACCACCAAGGAGAGUAACGCCACACUAAAGCUCACCGACUUUGGCUUUGCAAAGGAGACAACACUACACAACUCUCUCCAAACUCCCUGUUAUACCCCGUAUUAUGUUGCCCCUGAAGUGCUUGGGCCAGAGAAAUAUGACAAAUCAUGUGACAUGUGGUCUUUGGGCGUGAUCAUGUAUAUUCUUCUGUGUGGCUUUCCUCCGUUCUACUCAAACACAGGUCAGGCCAUCUCUCCUGGCAUGAAGCAGAGGAUCAGAUUGGGCCAAUACGAGUUCCCCAACCCUGAGUGGGUUGAUGUUUCCGAGGAAGCCAAACAGCUCAUCAUUCAGUUACUGAAGACAGACCCCAAUGAAAGGAUGACCAUUGGACAGUUCAUGAAUCAUCCUUGGAUUAGUCAGUCAAUGGUGGUUCCUCCGACACCCCUUCACACCUCUCGUGUUCUGACGGAGGACAAGGAGCUGUGGGACGACGUGAAGGAGGAAAUGACCAGCGCUCUGGCCACCAUGCGAGUGGACUACGACCAGGUGAAGAUCAAGGACCUGGACACGUCCAAUAACCCUCUGCUCAAUAAGAGACGCAAGAAGCCCACGCCCGGAGGAGCCGAGCGGGCUGAUGGAGGAGAUGGAGCUGGAGGUGGGGGAGUUGUGUGUAAUAGCCACAGAGAGGUGACAUUUUCUGAACAAGUAGCAUAAAGAAGUCAGGAUGAGCUACAUUAUCCCGUGUCCGUUGGAUUUGUUUACUUUUUCUCCUUUUUUUAUAUCACUGCACUCAAUAGUCUAAUGAAUGUCAUUUAUGAGCACAAGGCUAACAUUUGAAAUAAAAUUGUGCUUUUUUAUGUUUUAA